UCAAAAUUUUGCUGUUAAUUUAAAUAUUUUGUGGUAAAAUAUAAUUUUGCUUUAAAAUGCAGCAUAAAGGGAGCGGUCCUGAGGAAAGCCAUGAGGUGCGAGAGCAUCGCCACAUGCAAGUUCUAUAUUCUAGGCAUACUCAGGAACGACAAAUUUUUAUGCAAGAACUUAAUGACUUCCGCAGACGAAAAGAGAAAAAUGUGUUAAAAACUGUUAAGGAACUGAUUGGUCCGACUUGGUUGCAAGCCCUUAGUGUGCCUCAAAGAAACGCAUUAAACUCUUUAGAAUUCUCUAUUUAUCAGGACAUACUUGAAGGUCGUCCGGUAAGAACUGCAAAUGUUAUGCGUCAACUCGGAUUAUACCCAAGGCCAAACAAUGUAGAACUUAUGAAUUGUAUUAUUGUUGGUCGUAAUGACCCGAAAAAAAUGUUAGCUCAACUGUUCCUCAUAACCUACGGACAUCCAAUAGAAGGCAAAAGAGCGUCUUACUGCCUUAAUUCAAGACUUAUCUUAUCGGCUAUCCUUUACCUGGGUCUCGAUAACUUACUGGAUCUGUUAAAAAAAAGAUUUCGUCCGACAGCUGUAAAAGAAUCUCCAGAGAAAAAACCAAAAUCGAGGAAUCUCACUCCAUUAAAAUCACCGUAUUUACAAGAUAUGAUUGCAGUUUUAUAUUUGCCCCCUAAAAGAAAACCAUUUAAACCACUUCCUCUUCCAAAUUUAGACGAUCUUAACAAACCAUAUGAAGAAGAAGAACCUACAAUACCCAAACCUCCUCCGUCUCAAGGAGGCCCGCCUCCGCCACCUAAAAAGAAAUACCAACAUUCGUAUUGUGAUAAGUUAGCAGGCUUCGUAAAAAUAGAACCAUACUCAUCAAUCACUACAGUCGCUGUAAAAACGGUUACUCAAAGAAGCCAAAUUCACAAACUUCGAGGAUCUAAAAUGUGUGUAGAGGUAAAGAAAAGUUACGGUAUCAGCUUGUCACGCCCGAGUAAAAGUGUUAAACGAAAAAAACUUGUUGCUCCUAAUACUGGUAUAUCAAAUGCGCAAUAUCAAAUUAAUGGAGUUUAUAAAAUAAACGGUAAAACAGUAUUCGUACUUGGAAAUGUUUCUAUAUUACCCCCAGGUGGUGAUCUGAUUAAUGGUGGUUAUAGAUAUAUCGGCGGAGAAUACAUUAACAUACAUUGUGGUUUUAAAGCGAAACCACCACCUCCGAAACCCGACCCUUGUGAUUGCGUCAAGCAAUGGCAAAAUGCCGUGUUUAAAUAUAUGAAGGAAAAUAAAUGUCAAUGUGGACAUCAUUAUGAUUAUGGAAACGAAGGCACAUUUGGUCCAGAAGAACUCCCAUACUUUCAAAAAGCAACGAAAUUUUCCCCUUAUCAGUUCAACUAUCAAACGAUUUACAAUCUCGAUCAAAAGCAUCUUUAUAUCGAAAAAGAGUUUAAGAGAAUUUGGGACACAGACAGCGCGCUUCAUGUAGGUGAUGGUGUUAUUCUCGAAAAGAAAGAUAAGAAGAAGAAAAAAACGAAAAGAUCUUCCGUGACUUGUCUCGGUGAAUCUCCGAAACCUGAAGAGUAUUUAAAAUGUGCCUUGCGACAAAUGAGGCAGUUAAAUAUUGCAGCUAAAUUACCAGAUAUUCAUUUAGUACCAGAACUGAAGGAGUGGAUGAGAAUGCGCAUUUACGGUCCCUUCACGCGAUAUGCGAAAAGAGAAAUGUUACGCAAAAGUACAGUUUAUUGGCAGACGUUCUUGACGCUUGCACAAAAGAGUUUCGGGCAUGUUUCUCCUAAGAAAGACCCAACGUAUGGUGGUCACACCAAUUGGAUACAUAAACAAGAGUUGAAUGAUAAAUUUCGAAAAUUUACUUUACAAUAUAAAUUGGAGCUAUAUAGGUCAUAUGCAAGAAUAAACAAUUUGUUGUGGCCGACAAUGUGCCAAGCAGAAUUCCCAGAUAAAAAGUUUCGUGAAAUAUAUUUUUCAUAUCUUUUUGGUCGUUUAGAAGAUUUGCAUAUAAUGCAUCCCUAUAGCACAAAAGAGACGAUGGAACGUAAGCGUACUAUAGCCAAGAAGAGAUAUUGUUGUCCUCCCAAUGGUGUUGAGCCAGAAGAUUAGUUUCUUGUAAUUA